AUGGGCAAGCCUCUUGCCAUCAGAUCUGGCGGUCAUCAAUACAGUGGUGCAUCUUCAACUGGCUCCCAGGGUAUCCAGCUAGACUUGAAGCCUACCUUUCGCCGGCCCAACAUUGAUCUUAAUAUCCUGCGGGAGAAUGGCAAAGUGUACCUUCGCUCUAGUGUCAGCUGGCAACUGACCGAAAUCUUUGACUUUCUCAAAGAUAACGGCGUUUUUAUGCCAACUGGCCAGUGUUCUACCGUCUGUCUGGGUGGGCACGUUCAAGACCGGCGGUCAAGGUUACCAAAGACUCCCACCCAGAUCUCUUAUACAGGUUUCUCGGUGGCAGUCCCGGCAACCCUUGGUGUCCUGACACACUUCAAGAUUGAAGUUCAGGAUGACAAGAAUCAUCAGGGCUCCAAGGGUCUUUGGGCUGGUUUCGCUUACAAGGAGGAGACGCUCAAAGCUCUACUCGAUAUCCUUGUGCAGAAGGGAGAGGAUUCCAAGUUGCCUCGGGGCUAUGAUUUUACGGUCAACAUUCUCAGCAGACAGGCUAAUCUUUUGGAUCCUUUCCCUGGUUCUGAGGACGAGCUUAAGCAGAAAUUGUCAGAUGAUGUUCAUGACGGAAAGGACAAUAUUGCUGAUCUUCUCAAGUUCAAGUAUGCAAUGAUUAUCGUCUAUGCCCAACGGGUCAAUCUCAACAAAGAGCCAUAUUCACCCGAUCUCUUUACCCAAAUCAAAAACGUACCAAAUGAGUUCAAGAUUGUCAAAGAGGCUCCUGAAGACACCCCGAUGUCCGUUAUCGCUUCCAUGUGGUUAUUCGGCAGUCCCCGCGAGUUUCCCUACCCCUACGACAAGCGCACCAACAGCACCACCUCAACCGAGCUCUCCAAAACAGGCUGA